UCUGGAAAAAAAAAUAAAAUAAAAACAAGACGCGAAAGCAACAUGAAGCUCAUAUAUUUGUGUGUUAUCUGUCUAAAUUUUCCAUCUUUUGGAUCAACACAGAAUGUGCGAAUUCAAGUCCAACCACUGUCUGUAAAUCUAAGGCAAGAUGAUCUGGUUGUAACCUGUUCCACCGUCAACCCAUCACAACUUGAUACAGUGUAUACCAUACAGCUGCAAAAAAACAAUACAAAUACUUACUCAAUGAAGGAUGUGGUUUCAGUUCGUUCAAGUGGUGGUCAAAAUACUACAACAUGGCAGGACACAGAGUUAAGAAACAGAGCAUCAGUAACAGGCACUGUCAGCACACCAGCCACAGCACAGCUAAAGUUAACGAUUCCUAAAGAUCAAGUGUUGUGUCCACAGGAUUUCACUGGAUACAUGUGUAUUAUGUCUGGAUUUACAACUGCUUUAGUGACUCAAGUAACAAGUCAGGAGUAUGUUACGUACAUAGUCCAUCCAACAACAAUUGAAAUGCCAACUGUGAGGAUACUUGGUGAAUUUUCUAACACACCAUCAAGACAGUUUCCAGUUGGGACAGCUAUACAGCUGACUUGUACUGGACAGAUUGGCAGUGACGCAAGUGCUACAAUCCGUUGGUGUGCUAAGAAGUCCCAAGACUUUACCUUCACGGGACUACCACAGACCCCAGUUCACUCCGAGGCCUCACCGUCUUCUGGCUGUCAGUACACUCGUUCCAGUACCAUCACUUACAACCUCACCAGUGAUGACACUUACACACAGUUCCUGUGUGAGUCUGGAUAUUCUGGUCUCUGUGAAACAGGAACAGCUAAGCAGUAUCUGAACAUAACAUUAGACACUUCAGGUGAGGGGAAUGCAGGUACACCCAUUACCCGGACCUCAGAAGAAACUAGUGAUGCUGGUAUCAUAGCUGGGGGUGUGAUCGGAGGACUGGCAUUUCUUAUACUCGUUAUUCUUCUUGUCUAUUUCCUUGUGCUCCGCAGAAAAACAGAUGGAGAAACUUUAUCAUCUCCCACUGACAGAACAAAAGAAGAUGUACCGGGGUACAAUGGACCAGCCAACCCAGAGGGACCUGUUUAUAGUGUUCCAGUCAAGGACCACCCCCCUGAGAGACAGCCACGUAAAAAGCAUCCACGAGAUCACGAGGACGAUGGCCGCAGAAGAUACCGUAGGGGACAUGAGAAUGAAGGGCUAGAUGAUGAACACACAGAGAAGAGGGAGAUGGAUGAUGAUAAUAAAUAUGAAAACCAUGGUUAUACCAAUAGGGUGAUGAAUGAAUACAAUGACGGUGAUGUUAUGCCACGGGGAGGACAAGGAAUUGGAUCAGCUGUUUAGUGUGGAGUCGGUAACAGUUAUGAACAACUUUUUGCCAUUUUAGACAAGGGGAAUAUGCCUGGCCAGAAUAUUAUCUACAGACAAAUAGCCUGGAGAAUAACUUACUAUCUAUGCAGACGCAAAUACGCCCUCACUUCCUCCCCUGUUCUAUUGUAUAUUGCUGGCGGACAUUGUUACCAUGAAAGACAUAUACACAAAGUACAUGUAGUUACUCGGUAGCUAAUUCUGAUUUGUUAUCUAAUCAAGGUUUUUGUACUGUGAUGGAUUCAAAUAGAUGAUCACUUUUACUGAUGGUUUUGGAAUUUGAUAAAUAUUUAAUUAGAAAUGUAUCAUUAGCUUUACAAAUACAUAUUGACUCAAACAGGAAACUCUAUAAAUUAUAUGACGUAAACUCUAAAAGAAUACACUUUAUUUAACUUAAGAUUAUCAUUUCAUGUUACUUUAGAAAUCUAAAUGUGACAGUUAUUAAAGGGUUUUAAAAUUGGUGUUAGUUUUCAGGAAAAUAAACCAAGUUUUCAAAAGGGUUGACAUGAAUUACACAGUAACAAUGUGCAAUAUUAUACAGUGGAUAGGUUGUGCUUACAAGGAUGAAUCAUUACCAUAUUGUGAUUUUGUAGCAAUGGGCAUUGAAAAACCUUAAGAAUAUUGGAUGUAAGAUGUUAAGCAUGAAUUCAAAGUGUUCUUCUGGAAAUAGGUGAAAUAGUCUCUUUUUGAUUUCAAAAACUUGCACGCUUUAUGUCUUGCCCCUUUACAUGAUACAUCAAUAGAAUCUCUGUUUGUAGCAGUUUACAAACACUAAAAAUCUGGUCCACUGUGUCUCAAGAGUUAAGUCUAUGAUCAUCAUUUUUAACUAGUUCAUAGCUGCAUCAUGUUUCUUCCUAAUUGCUUAGGAAUAACUGAGAAUAUUUUCAAAAUCAUUUAGGAUAGAAAGGGGAUGAUAAAAUAUGUGCAUUUUAACUGGGAGUUGAUGAAUGGAUGACAAAUUAUGCUGAGAAUUAUCAAGGUCAUCAUCAGUGUUGACAUUCUUAAUGCCAUACAGAAUGGCAGCACAUAGGUGUACUCGGCAUCAUUUCUUCUGAUUGUGAUGUCUUAUUAUUAGUGAACAAGUGCUUAUUUUAUUUUUUUUUUUUAAUUUUUUGGUGAAGAUAGAAACAACUCUGUAAAGCCUACCUCUGAAAUCUUGUCACAGCACAUAAUUGAGGCAUCUCUUUUUUGUUUUCCCUUACUUCUCCUGUGUAUCUAUUUCCUAUAACUCUGACGUAUAAGGUAUUUGGGUAAAAGAUAUAUUGAAAUUUUUAAUAAAUAACCUUUUAGAAUUGUUUAGUUAGCAAUGUCAAAAUGACAUUAAUUUUAUACCCUCUUAGUUACUGUUGGGAGAAAGUGAUAAGUGUGAUAUUAUUUAUCAUGAUUGUUUUCUGAUGAUCAAGUGCAGCUUCAUUGUUAAAUCUGUACAUUCCUAGCUCCACUAAAGUCAAGUCAUUCCAUAAUAUAAUAUGUAUGCUUUCCAUCAGUUGUCGGUUGUGUAAAGAAAACAUCCAUGUACAAUUUUGUAUCGUUACUGUUAGGUCAUAAAAAUGAUUGUUUUUUUAAUGGUUUUUUUGUAAAUCCAUAUAUGUAUAUUUUUUUGUAAUUAUUACUUUAUUUUUUAUAGAUCAUCAAAUGAUUUUUUAUAUAUAUACAAAUGUUGUGUGAUUGCAUCUUAAACUUGGUGAUUUUACUGUUACAUUUUAGUCGAGACUGACAUUAUAUGUGCCAUGCUCACUAGCCCAUUUCACGAUUUACUUCCCUUGUAUCUGAACAAGCAUAGAAUUAUAGGUGUUUAGUUAGUUGAAUAUUAUGAAAAAAUCAUUUGGUUAAUGAUGUUGCCACACUUUCAUAUUUACCUCAGUAAUUUGAUGUGCAUUCUUUUCUCUCAAUUUAUAAAGACAUUUCAACACAAAAAAUGGAUUUCUGAAACGUUUGGAAUAUUUCAUUUAUUUUUUUUUAAAUAAAUUACUGUUCUUGAUUGAAAUCUGUGAAUCCAGUGCUAUCUAUCUGUAUUUUCAUUAAUUAUGUAAACUGAGAAAAUAUCUAGCUUUAUAAUUUCUAUAGAUGGAAAAAGGAUAACUAAUGACAAUUCAGUAAAUAUUGACUGUUCAUGAACAUACACUGGUGAAAUAUUUGGGGGUACUUAAGAUUUUGAUGAAGUUCCCCAAUUUCUUUUUAAGACCCAGUUUCUUUGAUCAGCAUGGCAUGUGAUUCAAUCAAACAAUUUUUAUACCGAGUCUUAAUUGAGGAGUCACUUGAAACUCUGCCUUCAUUUCAGAUUUGAAUUUUUAUGUCUGAUGAUUACACUUAAUGAAUGUAAAUUACAUGAAACCAAGUAUACAUAUCUAUUUCCUCUGAAAUAUAUAUAUCUACUAAUAAAGCUUCUUAAAAACAAAGGAAAA